UCUACGGGGAUUUCCCCCGAUUUCCCCGCCCCGCAUAUUUUAUGGAGCAAGGCCAUGGGCCAGUUUGGAGACUGGCAGGGCACUGAGUAGAUGAUACUUUUAUCGUGCUUUUAUCAAGCAGUACUCUAUAUACCGUGUAUCAAGCCUUGGAUGGUACAGAAUCAAGAGUUUGGAGUCAGAGUGUGAGUGGGUCGUCAGUCGUGGCGAUAUUUACGAACUCUUAUGCGGGCUUGUUGUGCACUUUGUUUUGACAUCAGCUUGAGCUGAGGCGUAUCAGUAUAAAAUCGUUUGAUUGAGAAAACUCCUGGCUCAAGAUGACAUCCUCUAGCCUGGGAGUUGAAGAUGUCUUCAGAUUUGCAGAUGUUACUUCUGAAGAGGGUGGAUGGCUUGUUGUCAACACUCUCACGCUUGAUCCUGAUUCUCCAUCUGAUGUAUCAGCAGAUGCAGUGUCAUAUCCAUCAGCCAUUGAUUCCGAUUAUGAAAGAUAUUUGACAGAAGAUGAUCUACAGGACAUAGAGGGUGACCUGUAUCCAGAAGAGGUUGUCCGUAUGUUGUUUCUGGCUGUUGAUGACACCCCAGCUCUAGUACUACAAAAAUGUGUGGUGAAAAUGACCCACAGCCAAAGGAGUCAAAGCCAGACCAAAAGUGUUGACUCUUUCUUUGAUUGGGCUCGUGCUGUCUCAGACUCUAAGCAUAGCUGGAAAGCACUUUUUCUUGAAAGUUUGGCAGUAAUUGGCCGGCAUGACAUCCUAGUGGACCUAGGAUGUGAUGAUGCAGAGAUCAGAAGACUGGAAAAACCUGUUCAUCUUUCUUCAUUGAAGGUUUCGCUGAACCAGGUCUGCUGCAGCUUGAAACAAGGUGAGACAGCUGCUCUCAUCAGCUAUGUGUCAAAGCAGCAUCUGCAGAACCGUCCGUCGACCCAGUUCCCUGAGGGAGUCAUCAUCAAGCAGCUGCUUGAGCUGAACAUCCUCCAGUGGAUGCAGGAGGGCAUCAUGGACCUCAUGAACCUGACUGUGCUGGUCGAGGCAUUAGAGCACAUCGGCCGACCCGACUUGAAAAAUGUCCUGAUGGGACGGCCAGUGUCUCAAGGCUCGUCCUACACAUCACACGUCUCCGGCCCUCCCUCUGGUGGUCACACGAAGGUCGUGUCCCUGCCGUCCCUGGCUGGGGUCCCCACGCCGCAUGUGUACCCCAACGACCGGGGCAUCUGCGUCAUCUUCAACUUGGAGCAGUUCAGGUGCGUUCAAAACCCUUCCUGUGUGCUCCAAACCCUUCCGAACCACGGAUUGCGACUUGGGUCCAGUUUGGACGCUGGAAACCUCUCGAGACUCUUCGGGAAGUUCUCGUGUCGCACAAAAGUGUUCACCAACAUGAAAGGUCAUGAAAUACAGACAUGUCUCAAGAACCUGGCGAAUGCGAAAGACCUUGCGCAUUUCGACUUCGUCGUGGUGUGCUUCCUGUCGCACGGCGGCACCAGCGACGGUCGUCAGUUCAUCUACAGCUCCGACUGCCAGCUGAUGUUCAUCGAUGAUCUGAUCAGUCCGUUCGAGGGCGACUCUUGUCAGAGUCUGCGCGGCAAGAUGAAGAUGGUCAUCUCGCAGUCGUGCCAGGGCGAGGGUCAGCUGACGCACCUGCAGGCUGACGGGCCCCCGGUGUCGCCCACGCCCUCGUCCAGCGCGCGCACCGCCACCGCCCAGUCGGACUUCCUGUUCUGUCAGGCGACCACUCCCGGCUUCAAGGCGUACCGAGACCCGCGCCGCGGCUCGUUCUACAUCAUGCGCCUGUGCGAGGUGCUGGAGAGCCGAGGCCACUUGGAGGAGGUCUCGCUCUGCAUCAAGGACGUGCACAAGCUGCUGAUCGAGCAGCCGAUUCUGCUGGGCGAGGAGCGCGUCCCGUGCGCCAUCCAGCCCCAGAUGAUCGACCGCACACAGGGCAGGUUCCGCUUCAAGCGCGCUGGGGACGUGCAGCCUCAGUCGGUCUAGGCGCCGGCGGCGCGACUCAUCGGAUCGGCCGCUCGCUCCGGAGAUCGGUGUUUGGCAGUGGCGGCCCGGCCAACGGACUGAAACAGUGAAACUGAAA